AAGGCUACCUGAAUAGAUACGCCUGGUAUGAUAUUGUUAUAUUGGCAUCCACUUCGAAGUUUUGAUACCGUAUCUUUUCUAUUCCUGUCAUUUGCCUCCAGAAUUUGGCUAGUCGGCACAAGGUAGGUACUUGAAGGCUCAAGGAGGGUCCAAAUUUUGGCUUGAUGUGUCUCACAAACGCGUUGAAUAACGCCAUGUCCGGCUUUCAGCCGUUCAGGAAUCAUUCAUUAUGAAACCAGUUCUUAUACUCCAGCGCGAACAGAAACGUCUACAACACUAAAAAUCAUCAAAGCAGACUGACUUUAGGAACUAUCUGAAAUGUCACCAUCCAAAUACAAGGCUAAGCAACAUAACCCAAUACACGGUUGGCUCGACAAAAUAUUUGGAGGAGAUUGGAUGGACCAAGACAAAGCAGAAGUCAGAAAAUGGGCAAAGUUGCAAGAUAAGGCCAAAAGAGAGAACCAGGACAUUGCAUUUGGACGUGGAGCUAUACACUUUUUACCUCUAUCGAAGUAUGAUCCCCACGGCAUGCUCGUAGCGCCUGGUCCACGGCUUCAACGGGCAUCGCUAGCACAACCAAAGGCUGGAUCGGCGGUGGCCAUACAGUCUAGUCAAAUAUCUGGCCACGGUUCAAGAGCAGAUUAUAGACAGUCUCAUGCUGUAGCCCAAGCACAGUCUCGGCAGCUACAGAACCCUGGCACACAAUCUGACCUCGCAGCAAGUCAUCCACAAACCUGUAUUGGAAGUAGUGGCCUGUCACACACUCAAAAUAAUCCUCUGGAAAUUGUCACUAUGCCAGCAUCGCCGAAUCGGCAAUCUUCCUUCCAUCCACCACAACCCUACCAGAGCAGAGUCUCUGCCUCGAAUUUUCUACACCCCAACCGUGGUAACGGUGUACUAGAACCCAUCCAAGGUAUGAACAGACCACUGUCAAGAUCACAUAUGCACUCUACUCAUUCUCUUCCAGACGUUUCGGGAACAUAUGUCUCUCCACCUAGCCAGAUCCAUUCAUCCAGCCAGCAAUCAUCUUUGCAUCUUCAUGCAAGCUCCCAAGCAUUCAACAGAGAAAACAGUCGCCAGUCAACUCGAUCCAGGUAUUACAACUAUGCUCCACCGUCGAUACCACCUUUGAAUGAAUCUAAUUCGGCACCGGCUACUUCGAGAAAUCACAAGUGGGAACAGCAAUCGAGGGAGUCGUCCAAUUUGAGAUCGCAGACACGCUCAUCGGGCUCAUCUGAGGCUUCGAACGAGCCGUCCGUGUACAGUAGGAGCCUUGCAAAAGCCCGAAAGAAAAAUAUGCAAAUAACCCACCUCGAGGGAAUGGUGCCAAAAGCUCCAUCGGAAUUGAGAGCCGAGGAAAGAAACAAUGCACCCCCAAUAGCGCCAUCUGUAUGGAGUAUGAGUAUUGCAACCUCGAAGGCUCAGGUAGGUAAUAUGCAAAGAACCUAUCUUGAAGGGUUGGUUCCAAAGACACCAUCGGAACUAGGAGCGGAAUUCAGCGAUGAAGAGAGGCGUGAGCAGGAACUGGCGAAGUCAAGUCGCAGAAAUCGUCAGAAUGGUGUCAAGAAUGGUCAGAAUAAGGGUGGUUCAUAGUCCACGCAUCUAUGACACGUACGAUAUGUCUUUUGGGUGAGGCGCCUAGAUGUAACGUACUUUACUCAGUCAAUGCGAGAACUACCUGGCUUUGGUCUCAAGGUGACUUCCCAAUGAGGUCGCGAGUGCUACGUCAGUAUAAAUUCAUAUUCGUGCCA